GUUUCGACGAUCGCGAAACAUGAUCUGUAUUAAAAAGCAGUACUUCAAUUGGAAUCGGGUACUUCUGCUCCCGAUGGGCUUGUGGCCUGACAAGGAAACAAAAUUCACUCGUUUUCGAGCAAGUUUAUUUGGUUGUCUUCUGAUGAGCAACAUUGCAUUUCAGCUGUCACGACUCUUCUUUGCAGAAUUUAGCUUUGAUUUUGUUAUCAAAAUACUUUCUUUCUCGGCAGCUUUUUGCACGCUCGCGAUUUUCUUCAUGUCUUUUUGGAUUAAUAUGGAAACUAUGAAAUAUUUAUUGCAUCAAUUGCAACACAUCUACGAUGGGCUAAAGAAUCAAAACGAAAUUGCUAUCUAUGAAAAAUAUGGAUACAUCGGAAAAUGUAUUUCGGCCAGACUGACAAGUAAGAAUAAGAUUCAGCGUUUAUUAUCAGAAUAUUUAAAAAUAAGUCACAAAAAGUUGGACAAAAUUGGAAAAUCGAAUACUAACUGUCUUCUAUGUUUGACUUCUAUGUUUACAGUAUUUACUAUAUGCGGUCUAUUUUUUAAUUUUAUCAUAAUAUAUUCGCCGUUCAUUCUUGACGUCGUCAUACCGAAAAAUGAAUCUUACGCGAUUUUCAUAAUGAAAAUGGUGACCAAGUACUUCGUUGUAUCAGAAAAAUAUUAUUUUUUAAUUAUUGUGCAUAUGAACGCAGCCUUUUCUGUAGGAAUGAUCGUAUUAACAGGGACGGGAACAAUGAUGAUAUCGUACUUCAAGUAUGCUUGUGGAAUGUUUGAGAUUACUAGCUACCGAAUUGAGCAAGCAAUGGCGAACGAAUUGUUACGUAACACUGACGUAAAGAAAGAAAUUGUGAUUUACAGAGGGAUAAUCUGUGCCGUAGACAUACAUCGCACAGCCAUGGAGUUCGCCAAAUGUUUUAUAACUAAAACUGAAGUACUAUUUUUCUUGUUAGUUAUAGCUGGUGUGCUUUGCUUGAGUUGCAACCUUUUUCGUUUAUUUAAAAUUGAGUCCCCUAUGGAGCAAGUGGAAGAAGUUUUAUUACACUUUAUCGUUCUAAUAAUCAUACUCGCGGGUACAUUCCUAGCCAAUUAUGUUGGACAAGAACUUAUGGAUUACAAUAAUCACGUAUACGUAACCACAUACAAUGUUUCAUGGUACUUAGCACCGGCGGACAUACAAAAAUUGAUACUGUUUUUAAUACAAAGAAGCAGUCGAAUUUUCUGCCUGAAUGUUGGUGGAUUAUUUACAGCAUCUUUAGAAUGUUUCGCUACAGUAAAGCUAUUUCAUUUAUUUAUACAUAUUGUUGAAGGAAGCAGGUUAUUGGAUUGCGCAAUAGGAAAAGAUUCGAGAUAAUUUCCUUACUAUACGCGAGUCUGCUUGACUUCUUAAGAGCUAGCUAAUCGAUUAUGCUGAUCGCAUAAGAGUAAUAAUAUGACCAACGAAGCGGGUUCACGCAGCACGAGGAAGAAGGAAAUGAUAGGCUUUCAUAGAAAUACCGCACAUGGCAAUCUUGUUCUAAUAUAUUGUUAUAUUGAAUGAAAGCAUGCAAAACUUGCUCCAACAACAAUAUUAUAUAAAUAUAUUACACGUAUUAUGAAGACAUUUUUUAGUUAAGAGUCAUCUCAUUGAUGUGUUAUUUGUAAAUUAACACAUUUACAAUAGGAUAUGAUUAUAUAUUGGAAGAGUAAAAAUGUUCGAUUUUUGCAUGAAAGUUUACUAUAUUAUUCAUUAGAAACAUCAACCAAAUAUGUUAUUCAUUCAUUAACCAAGUAAUUGUUGCCUGCAAUAUAGAUAAUAUCAGCAUUGUUGCUCAUAUUACAUGUAAAUUGAUUUGAAAAAUUGAAAAUUCAUCUGAACAUUUUAACUGGCCCAAUACAUCACAUGUGUAAUAUCGUAUAUCUUGUUCAAGUAACACAAACAGGAACUUUACUUGUUUACAGCUGGUGAGUGCGUCAGUAUCUUACUUCACCUUCAUGUACUCCAUGCAGCAAUAAUAAAAAAAACUAAAAAUCGAGUAGAAA